UGCUUGCUCUCAACUCGACUGGAGGAUUACCACUGCAACAAAAAGCCUGGACCCUUAACUGCGCCAAUUGGAGUACUUUUGUAUGGGCUAUUGAAUGCAAUUAGGAGGUUUUUUUUAAUCAAAGGGCACAAUCAAAAGGAGUUUCAAAAGCAGGCCACAACAACGUGACCAUGGGGGUUUUCGAGACCCAUCUCACUCUUUUGGCUGUGUUAAUCAGUGUAUUACCAGCCCGGAGUGAUCCGCCGACCAUAGUUUCCAACGAAGACGAGUUUGUUGUCGCUCAGCACUCACGUUUCAACAUCAGCUGUACAGGGAAGAGGGAGGUCGUAUGGGCCGAUCCCCUGCCCGACAACGUUGUCGAUUAUCCCGGUUACUACACUGCAACACUGCUGAUUGCAGACGCUGCAGCUUCCCAUACUGGAUACUACACAUGUGUUUACGCAUCCAAAAAUGGCGACCCUGGAAGACACGAGGACAUGGACCAGAACGAGUCUGAAAUAUACAUAUUUGUGCCAGAUCCCGAUGUUCCCUUCGCACCUGAGGAGAAUACUGAAGUGGAGACUGACCCAAUUAGCAAUAUCAUUCCUUGUCGCGUCACCGACCCCCAGUCCCAUGUCAUUCUCAAAUCCUUGCCAAGUAACAUCGAAGUGCAGGGCUUCUAUGACAACAGGAAUGGCUUUCUUGGCAACUUUUCUGCUGGAAAUUACGUAUGUGAGACCGUUAUCAACGACGUGACGAAGAGAAGCGUAAUCUACACUGUGAUUGAAAAGCCUGUGGUGAAGCAGGACUUCCAGGUGACACUGAGGUCCAGCGAGGACGCUGUGAUGGCUGGGGAGACAUUCAACCUCACCUGCAUCGCUCCGCAAGGGUCUGAAUACCUGCAGCAGUGGCUCCAUCCCGUAAAACAGGCUGCGGAUGCGGUCCCGAUGAAGCAGACUCUCCCUGACAGGGUGCUGUACGUCCUCAGCAUCCCCUCGGCCUCCGUCCACGACAGCGGCACCUACGAGUGCUACGUCACCAACACGCUCACCGGACACACCCGGAGCAGCCGAGUGACCGUGGCCGUCCACGAGGAAAAGUCGUUUGUGUCGCUGGACCACAGUGGCAUCGGUGGCGUGGAGGUCAUCACUCUGCUGGAGGACACGGAGUUCACCAUCUUUAUCGAUGCCCACCCAGAGCCCAAGAUCCUGUGGAAGAAAGAUGGCGUCCCUCUGGAGAAGAGCACUUUUCUCUACGCCGUCAACAGCCACGUCCUCGGAAACCGGUAUCAGAGCGUUUUAAAUCUCAAACACCCAACCGAGGAGGACAGUGGGAAGUACACGUUCAACGCCACCAGUGGCAAACACCACGCACACUUCUCUUUUGAGCUGCGAGUCAAGGCUCCCAGCGCCGUGCUGUUCCCGUCGUCCCAGGCGCCGGUGCUGCUGCCCCAGAGUGACGAGCUGGUGGUGUCCCCGGGCUCCUCCUUCAGACUCACCUGUCGGGGCGUGGCCGAGCUGGUGUGGAGCGGCCCCACCUACCUGUCCGAGCAGACGCUGGACGACAAGGGCGGCCUGUUCAUCAGCACGGUGACCGUGGAGAGCGCCGGGGUGAGCAACACCGGCGAAUACUUCUGCGCCUAUCGAGGAGCCAAUCAGACGGAGGAGGGCGAGGGGAGCAGCAUCUAUAUCUACGUGCCAGAUCCAGCGGUGCCGUUCGUCCCCUCCAUGGACCCGUCGUACAUCCACGUGAUGACGGACCACGAGGAGAUGGAGAUCCCGUGCCGCGUGUCCGACCCCACCGCCAACGUGUCCCUGGUCAACAUCGAGACGCAGCAGGAGCUGCCCGCCGACUACGACAGCAAGCGAGGCUUCAUCGGCAUCUUCAGCGCCGGCACCUACGUCUGCAAGGCACACGUCAACGGCCAGGAGCACCUCAGCGAGGAGUACAUCGUCCACGGAUGGGCAGGAGGCUCUGAUCUGAAUGUGGAGCUUCUUGCUAAGAGAACUGCUCUCCUGGUGGGAGAGACGCUCACGGUCAACUGUGUGGCCAAAGGCAGCGAGAUGCUGGAAGACCACUGGAAGUACCCUGGCAAACUGUACGGUCGCGGCGAGAAGACGGUGAGGGAGAACAGACGAGAGAUGACCAUCAACUACACCCUGCGGGUGUCCGACGUGACGCUGAAGGACAGCGGCAUCUACGCCUGUUCCAUCACCGACAUCAUGAGCAACGAGAGCCAAACCAAGGAGCUGACCGUCACCGUCUAUGAGAGUCCCUUUGUGUCGCUGGUCCCCGGCUUCACUCGCACCGAGCUGGCCGAGCUGGACGAGGUGCGGGAGUUCACGGCCGACAUCGACGCCUUCCCCGGCGUCAACGUCGUCUGGCACAAAGAUGGCGUUCCGCUGGGCGGCAACUCCGCGGAGAUGACCACAAGCCUCCGCACGAUCAGCGAGACGAAAUACCAGAGCGUUCUGACCCUGAUCCGCGCGAAGGCCGAGGACAGCGGCAACUACACGGUCAGGGCUGAGACCCGGAACCAGAGCAGCAGCUUCAGCUUCUCCCUGCAGGUCAAAGUCCCUGCGUUCAUCGUGGAGAUGAUGGACCUCCACCACGGCUCCACCACGGGUCAGUCGGUGGUGUGCAUCGCCGGGGGGGAGCCCAUGCCAGAUGUGGAUUGGUUCAUCUGUAAGAACAUCAAACACUGUGCCAAUGACUCCACCCAGUGGAGCCCGCUACCCGCCAACUCCACUGAGAUCACCGUGGACACGCACGUCAACCAGGACAUGCAGCUGGAGACCCAGGUGAUCUUCGGUCAUCUGGAGGACACGCUGGCCGUCCGGUGCCUGGCCAAGAACGGCAUGGCCGCCGUCACCCGGGAGGUCAAGCUGGUGUCCAGCGGUCCUCACUCGGAGCUGACCGUGGCAGCUGCUGUGCUGGUGUUGCUGGUCAUUGUCAUCAUCUCACUCAUUGUGCUGGUCAUUAUCUGGAAACAGAAGCCACGCUAUGAGAUUCGGUGGCGGGUGAUUGAGUCGGUCAGUCCGGACGGUCACGAGUACAUCUACGUGGACCCCAUGCAGCUUCCCUAUGACUCACGCUGGGAGUUCCCUCGUGACGGCUUGGUGCUGGGUCGUAUUCUGGGCUCGGGGGCCUUUGGGAAGGUGGUGGAGGGCACUGCCUACGGUCUGAGCCGCUCCCAGCCCGUCAUGAAGGUGGCCGUGAAGAUGCUGAAACCGACGGCUCGUUCCAGUGAGAAGCAGGCGCUCAUGUCUGAGCUGAAGAUCAUGACUCACCUGGGCCCGCACCUCAACAUUGUCAACCUGCUCGGAGCCUGCACCAAGUCAGGGCCCAUCUACAUCAUCACUGAGUACUGUUUCUAUGGCGACCUGGUCAACUACCUGCACAAGAACCGUGACAGCUUCCUGAGUCACCACCCAGAGAAGGGCAAGAAGGAGCUGGACAUCUUCGGCAUCAACCCCGCCGACGAGACCAGCAGAAGCUAUGUGAUCCUGUCGUUCGAGGGCAAAGGGGACUACAUGGACAUGAAGCAGGCAGACACCACCCAGUACGUGCCAAUGCUGGAGAUGAACCAGGCCUCCAAGUACUCACACCUGCAGGGCUCUGACUACGACCACCCGCCCUCUCAGAAAAAUGAAGGUGAGGGAGAGAGUCUGCUCUCCGAUGACAGCAACGAGGGCCUCACCACCAUGGACCUGCUCAGCUUCACCUACCAGGUGGCCCGGGGCAUGGAGUUCCUGGCCUCCAAGAACUGUGUGCAUCGGGAUUUGGCCGCCAGGAAUGUCCUGCUCUCUCAAGGAAAGAUAGUCAAGAUCUGCGACUUUGGCCUGGCCAGAGACAUCAUGCAUGACAACAACUAUGUCUCCAAAGGAAGCACAUUCCUGCCUGUCAAGUGGAUGGCUCCAGAGAGCAUCUUUGACAACCUGUACACAACCCUCAGUGACGUCUGGUCCUAUGGCAUCCUGCUGUGGGAGAUCUUCUCUCUCGGAGGGACUCCGUACCCUGGCAUGGUGGUCGACUCGAGCUUCUACAACAAGAUCAAGAGUGGCUACAGAAUGGCCAAACCUGAGCAUGCCUCUGAUGAUGUCUAUGAGAUGAUGUCGAGGUGCUGGAACAGUGAGCCAGAGAAGAGACCUUCCUUCCUGAGCCUGAGCGAGACUGUGGCAUCGCUACUGCCUGCAGGAUACAAGAGGAGCUACGAGCGAAUGAACCACGACUUCCUGAAGAGCGAUCACCCGGCCGUGACCCGCGUGCAGCGCCUGGGCGGCAGUGUCAUCGGCAUCGACGACGACGACAACUACAUCGGGGUCACCUACAAGAACCAGGGCAAGCUGAAGGACCGCGAGAGCGGCUUCGACGAGCAGCGCCUCAGCUCGGACAGCGGCUACAUCAUCCCCCUGCCCGACCUGGACCCGAUGUCCGACGAGGAGUACGGCAAGAGGAACCGCCACAGCUCACAGACGUCGGAUGAGAGUGCCAUCGAGACCGGCUCCAGCAGCUCCACCCUGGCCAAGCGGAUGGAGGGAGAGACCCUGGAGGACAUCACCCUGCUGGACGAGAUGUGCCUAGACUCCAGCGACCUGGUGGAGGACAGCUUCCUGUGAUGCCCAGCACCGCCCGGGACAAGUCCUCCAGAGUGGACACUGUCUUGUUGUACGAUGUCGCUCUGUGGAGGGGGUGAGGGGGGUGUGAGGGCGAGGAGUAGAGACUACAAGCUAAGCUACUACCAGCCCGUCUGCUCUACAGCCAAAGAACAUUCUGAAGACGUCUUCCUCAAAGAACACCUACCCCCACCCCCAACUACUUCCUCUUCAUCUCACCCCCCCCCCCCACCCCCUCCCCCUCCCCCUCCCCCUCCCGGUUUCCACCCUUGAAAUCCCUCCUCGGAUCAAAAACAAACCACUUUGCUUCCUCUGUGGUGGAGAGCCAUCAGUGACACUCUGUGCGUGUGGAUUCCUUUCACUCGAACAUUGCCCCCUUCUGGGGUGGAGGACUGACUGAGAACGGAGAACAGCGUUAACGUUACGUUUUUCAGCGGCAAGUGUAAACAAGGUCAUAUCUCCUGUUCUCCUGAAUCACACACUCGAGAUUAUACAAAUAGCCUAUGGACAUACAAUACGUGUGUGUGUGUGUGUGUUUGUGUGUGUUUUUUUUUAAUGUACAGAAUUUCAGUGGGCAUUCCUGACGCAGCGAGAUAAGCAAGGACACAUCGAAGACCUGAACAAAAGCAGCAAAACGGACUUAAACCAACAUCAGGACCUCUUACUUUUAUAGUCCAUCAAGACUGUCAAAAACCACUACAGACAUUUAUUUAAACAAGAGAAAACAAGCAUCAGAUGGUCUCUCCGGAUCCAUCAUCACUCAGUCCGGACCUUUGUGGUAUUCCGCAUGGACUGCAUGUCAAUUCCCUCUCAGCCACACACACAAUGUUCCUCUGUCACCAGUUGACUUCCGAUAAGGACCAAUAACUUACUUUGAAUUGAAAAGCACAAUCGCUAAACUAUGAAUCUAUGUUUUUAUAAGCAAUCGUAGUGGUCAACUAUUGAAUACAUGCCGUUUGAAUUUAUUUUUUUACUUUCUAGCACAUAUAAAUAUGUAUUAUUUGUGAAUAUUAGAUUAGUGUAUGUCUGUGUGUGUGUGCGUGUGUGUGUGUGUGUAAGAGAGUGAGUAAUCGAGUGAGUGAGCGUGUAUGUAUGUGAGUGAGACUGAGUGUGUGUAAAGAAGGUUUUUUUUGUAAAUGAAGAAUAUGACUAAGGUUUAUAAGUUGCAUGCACCUCUGUGACUUAGACCUUUUGUAAAAUACACCAUGAUACCGUUUUGAAAUCAUCCAACAGGAACUCAAAUAGCACAGCAAAAGGCAUGUUUAUUUUGACAGUAGACUAGAAGCUAGAGCAGAAUAGAUGGAUAGAUAGAUAGAUAUAGAUAGCAUCACAUCUCAAUUUCAUUGCCUCCAACAUCAUUAGGUCCUUAGUUUUGUCAUGCUAAACUAUUUCAUUUGUAUUUGGUCUAUAUUUUCUUAUUUUAGUCAUCAUUAUAUUUACCCGUGUCCUACUCUUUCCUACAACCAAAAGCAAUACUUAUAUUAGCUUUAUGUUAACCUGUGAUAUACAGAAACAUUUUGAGCAAUGGCUGCCAUUGGCCAGUGUUAUAAACCAAAUGAGUCAAGGUACAUACCAACCUAUUGUUGUGAAUAAGCUGGAAUAUGUUCUGAUGCUGUAUGUAAAAAUUGAGUGCUUCCACCCUUCAACCAUUCUUCAGAGGAGCGAGAAUGAUGAUGAUGAUGAUGAUGAUUAUAAUAUGCUUUAUAGAUAUUCGGUUGAGCGUUUACAGUGUGUGUGUUGCUAGUUUUGGAGUAGUGGCUUUGCUGGAGAUCGGACGUGCUGGACUUAAGAACUGACAGACGGAAUAUCACCUGGAGGGAUAGCUUUGGCUCCUGCCAUAUUACGCUGAGACGGUUGAUAAGGAUGAACUUGUCACUUUUUUUUUGUUUUUAAUUGGACUUGUGGGCGUUGUGACAGCAAACACCUCAGAUAGACACUUCCUGAAAACAUGUGAGGUGAUGGCGGAAAAUGGCCUCCUACAAGACGUGUGUAGCCGGGUUUAACCAGCUCUGCGAGUGGACCUUCUCCAGCAUGUUAGAACGCAGACCAAAGCAGUCAGGCAAGUGGGAGGGGGUGGGGGGACAGUACACCAGACCAACUCAUGUCUCCGCAGGCUGCUUUUAUUCACGAUUCAUGGUUUCUCUACAUGGCAGCCAUGGUGGAGAUGUUGAGAUGUUGAGAAGUCAGUGUGUUUUUUUUGUUGUUGUUUUUGUUGUUGUUAUUGUGACAUUGUCUGUCUCAUCUUGCUUUCUCAUGUAACAUUUUGAAUCUUUUUGUUUGGACGAGAAGCCUGUGUACAAGCCCAAUGAAAUUCACUUUCUACAAGUCUCCAUAGUAUCCCUUAGGUGCAUAGCCACACCUUUGUUAUUUCAUACAGUAUUUUAGCAAAUAAUUGAACAUGGUGUAAGCGUUCAUGUGACGUUGUCGUCAAAUGGUUUAAAAAAACAUCACACAUUCCCUGAUUUCAUGAGACCCAGCCCGCUAGCAUUCGGAGCUGACAUCCCUUUGAGUGUGUUGUAAAUGGAAUGAAAUGCUCUCUGUGUGUUUUGCUUUUGUGAAUAACCCCGUUUGAAAUCCCUAGCUAUGUCACUGCCCGACGCCCUUUGACCCUACUGCUGACUGUGAUAUACCUCACAGGCAUAUUGUAUACUGUUGCACUUUUCCCCCCUCUAGUUUUUCGCCCCUUUGGGUUGGCUUUGUUUGAACUGAGGAGUAGUUGCUGUUUUGUGGUCACAAAGUGUGAGCAUUUUUGUGUCUGUUUCUGUGGCGACAUGAAUGUUGAAGUCGGGGGAGAAAGGGUGAAGGGAAGAAUAAGGUAUGAAGUGUUUAUUCCAAGGUACAGUAUGAUAAUUACUCCCAAUAGCCUCCUGAUUUGUAAUAUGCGUUAUGAUUAUGUACAUUCAGAUGAUCUAUAUUUCAAUAAAUGAUUUAAACAAUGUA